CAGUGAAUGUCAGUAUGAGAUGUCGUCCCUCAGCGCUAGCUUCGUUCAGAUCCGUUUCGAUGACAUCCGCUUCUAUGAGAACUGCGGCGGUGGGAGUUUUGGGAGCGUGUACCGGGCACACUGGAUCUCACAGGACAAAGAAGUGGCUGUCAAAAAACUGCUGAAGAUUGACGCCGAGGCUGAGAUUCUGAGUGUCCUGAGCCACAAAAAUAUUAUUCAGUUCUAUGGAGCCAUUCUGGAAGCGCCCAACUAUGGCAUUGUCACAGGCACAGUAUUGUGGGAGAUGCUGACCAGAGAAGUUCCAUUUAAAGGUUUUGAGGGUUUGCAGGUGGCCUGGUUGGUGGUGGAAAAACAUGAGGUACUACACACUGUGAAAGUCAUUCAUAGAGACCUAAAGUCAAGAAAUGUUGUGUUAACUGCAGACAAUGUAUUAAAGAUCUGUGAUUUUGGAGCAUCUAAGUUGGUUUCUCACACAACGCACAUGUCUCUGGUGGGCACCUUCCCUUGGAUGGCCCCUGAAGUGAUCCAGAGUCUUCCCGUCUCAGAAACAUGUGACACCUACUCCUAUGGCGUGGUAUUGUGGGAGAUGCUGACCAGAGAAGUUCCAUUUAAAGGUUUUGAGGGUUUGCAGGUGGCCUGGUUGGUGGUGGAAAAACAUGAGAGGCCGACCAUUCCCAGCAGCUGCCCCGCUAGCUUUGCAGACCUGAUGAGAUGCUGCUGGAUUGCAGAGCCCAAGGAAAGGCCACAGUUCAAACAGGUCCUGAGCACCCUAGAGACCAUGAAAAACGACAGCAGACUGCCGGGCCAGUGCAAUUCCUUCUUGCAUAACAAAGCAGAGUGGAGGUGUGAGAUAGAGGAGACGCUGGAACGCUUGAAGCAGCUGGAGAGGGAGUUGAGCUGUAAGGAGCAAGAGCUGGCGGAAAGAGAAAGGCGACUGACAGAGUGGGAAAACAGACUUAUGGAAAGAUCCAGAUCCUGCAAUCCUCUGUUUUCACAUAUUUCCCCCUUGGCAGCCACUCUCAGCGCCGAGUCCUUCUAUGAGGCUCACAUGGAGGAGAGCAAAAGCUCGGAGGUCAGCUGUCAGAUUUCAUCAACCUGCAGUAAUGGGGAUCUUGGCCAGGCCAGCCUACAGAAGCUCAUGCUGGGGUUCGGGGGCAUCUUUGACCUGGAUAUGAACAUUCCUGGCGGUAACCUCGUCAGCCAAUCAGGGAUGCAGUUGAACAUGCAAGCAAAGAAGAAUUCCUCCAAGUCCUGCAGUGUCCGUGAGGGACGCAAACUGAACAUGGCCAUCACCAUGGACGACUUUGGCUGGUCUGACGACGACAGCGAUUAGUGGAGGGCAGCACGGUACGAUAGGGUGGGGUUAGAUGGGGUCAGAGCUGGUCCAAGCAAGAUCAAAUGUCGAGAGUCAGAGCUUGCAAAAUCAGGAAUUAAUAGUUUAAACUGUUACGAUUGAUCUGAAUAUUUUAAAAGAUUGUUGCACCCAUGUGUGGUAUGUUUCAGUGCAAAAAAAACAUGCAUUACUUGAUCCAGAGCAGAAUAUUACGCUACCCUGUUAGCAGUAGGGCUGCUGUUCUGAAUAAACCGGCUAACCAGUAUAAAUAAAUAGCAAGCACGAUGAAUGAUACUGCGUUGUAAUUGGGAAGAUACAGGGUACUGCAUAAAUGCCCAUAAAUGGCAGGAUUUACCAUUGGUAGGAGGGAUUUUCCUCUGCCUUCUCUGAGUGAGACAGCAGGUCAUACUGAGAUUUCCCCUGUGAGACAGUCACAUUUACAGUAUUUAUAAAGUGUGAUGUGAGAUUUAAUGGGAUUU